UUAAACUAAGCCAGAACACACUUCACUCAUAGUUGCAUUUGAGAUUGAAAGGCAAAAACUUCAAAAGUACCAAGAAGAUAAACCACCCGGUGCAGAAGAGAUGGCUUCCAUGACCAUGACAGCCUCAUUCCUAGCCUCAACCAUCACCAAACCUUCAACUCCCCGCAGGAGCCUCAUUGUGGCCAAGGCCUCAAGAGCCCCGGAAGCCGAAAAGGUCACCGUGGAAAUGAAGAAGGACAAGGAAGAGAACAGCAGUGGGAGGAGGGAUUUGAUCUUUGCUGCUGCUGCUGCUGCUGCGUGCUCCAUUGCCAAGGUUGCCAUGGCUGAUGAACCUGAGCGUGGGACUCCAGCAGCCAAGAAGAAGUAUGCUCCAGUUUGUGUCACAAUGCCUACUGCUCGUAUCUGCCGCAAGUGAGAAAUUCGAUCAAUGUUGUAAUAUAUUUGUAGAAGAUGUGUAAUCUGUUAUUGUAUCUUUUCUUGGCACAAUCCUAUUAAUCUGGUUUCUUCCUCUUCUUCGAUAAA